AUGAGCUCCGAGAAGAAACGUGCCGUGGCGGACAAGACGGGCGAGAAGGCUGGGCUCUCCCCCGAACCCCUGCCCGAGCCGCCAAAGCUCCAUCGCGAUGUUCUCGCCGCCCAGACCCAAGAUAUAUUCCUCAUCUUGCUCAUCCUGCGCUUCUGCAACGCGCUGUGUGUCCGCACCUUCUUCCAGCCGGAUGAGUUCUUUCAGGCUCUCGAGCCGGCGUGGAACAUCGCCUUUGGCCCCGAGAGCGGAGCCUGGCUAACUUGGGAAUGGCAGCAUCAGCUGCGGUCAUCAUUGCACCCAGCAUUAUUCGCUGGCUUUUAUGUUGUCGCUGACACCAUCGUCAAGUUUCUACUGCCCCCUUUCAGGCCUAUCGUCUUGAUAUGGCUUCCCAAAGUUGUUCAGUCUGUCUUUGCGACUCUGGGUGAUUUCUACACAUGGAAAUUUGCAGACAAGAUAUUUGGAGAGAACAGCCAUGCCUCUUGGGCCACACUAUGGUUGACAAUGCUCAACCCGUGGCAAUUUUAUUGCUCAACGAGGACGUUCUCCAACUCCCUCGAGACAACUCUGACCGUAAUGGCCCUAUACCAUUGGCCGUGGGAGUUGCUCGGGGACUCCAACGACAAGACUGAAAAGCUAGUUCGUGGCAAUACGAGUGCUCAGGGGCUCCGUCUGUCGCUGAUCCUUGCGGCCGUAGCAGUCAUUCUCCGGCCUACGAACCUGCUCAUAUGGGGAGCUAUCCUCACCUUGACAGUGACGAGGUUGACGCUGGAUGGGAGGUCACCGAUCGACGGGCCCACCCUCACGUUCCUCUCCAGCGAGAUCGUCCUGUGCGGAGCUUGUGUCCUUGGACUGUCUGUCGUAUCGGACCGCUUCUACUUUGGCUUCUGGACUUUCCCUCCCUACGAGUUCCUGCGGUUCAACAUCUCCAAGGCGCUGGCCGUCUUCUACGGCCGAAACGACUGGCAUUACUACCUCUCCCAGGGCAUCCCCUUGCUGACGACGACCUUUCUGCCGUUUGCGGUGCUUGGAAUUUACAAAGCUACCGUCGGCAUGCCGUCGGUGUCUGUCCAGCAGUCCAAUACGCUCAAGACGCUCGCCUUUGUCGUCAUCUCCAUGGUGGGAGCGCUGUCGCUCAUCUCGCACAAGGAAGUCCGCUUCAUCUACCCGCUCCUGCCCAUCCUCCACAUCCUCGCCGCGCCCCACGCCAUGUCGUUCUUCACGGCGCCGGCACCACCCACUACUACAACCACCGCAGAUACAGGCCGCAAAGGCGAACAAGCAGCCGCUACCACCAAACCGUCCUACGGGCGCAAGAUCAUCCGCAAGCCCCUGCUCUCGCUCCUGCUGCUCGUCAACCUCGCCCUGGCCGGGUACCUCUCCCUCUUGCACCAGCGCGCCCCGCUCACCGUCCUCUCCUUCCUGCGCUCCGAGUACGAGCGCCUGCACCCAGACCACCUGGACCUCAUGCCGUCCCGCGCCGCCGACGGCCAGGGAAACUCCCCCCUGUCCGGGCCGCACCCGUCCGCCCUCACCGAGUCAUCCACCGAGAUCGGCGGCGCAGCAGACGACGACAGCGAAGCUGCCGCCGGGCCCGGGAAGAAGAAGAAAGAGGAGCUCUUCGUGCUGUUCCUCAUGCCCUGCCACUCGACCCCCUGGCGCAGCCACCUGGUGUACCCGGGCCUGCGCGCCCGCGCCCUGACCUGCGAGCCCCCGCUGCACACCGAGCCCGGCACGCCCGAGCGCGAGGCCUACCUCGACGAGGCGGACCGGUUCUACCUGCGGCGGCCCUGGGGCCGGCGCUUCCUCGAGGAGGAGAUGUGGCCGCGGCUGCCGCGGUCGGCGGCGGGCGAUGAUGACGACGGCGACGGCAGCGCGUUCGGGCGUGGGGGGGAGGUGCCGCGCUACAUCGUCGGGUUCGAGGGCGUGGAGGGCAUGCUGACGGAGUACUUUGGCGGGGAGGGGCGGGACCUCGGGGUGCGGCUCACGCGCGUCUGGGAGGGGUGGAACGGGCUUUUCAGCGAGGACUGGAGGAGGAAAGGGUUGAUGGUCGUUUGGGAUACCGGGGUCUGGGGUAAGGACGUAGACGGAGGGGAGGAUCGCUCUGUGUAG